AUGCCACCCCAUACGCACCUUCCAAGGAUCAUUAAGACCCACUUCGACCUCCCAGCCGGUCUUUCAAAAGCUUACAUUUAUGCCAGGUAUUGUCAGCACGCCUUUCUCCGACGGCUCGACCCCGCGCAUCGCAUGCCCCCGUUCUCCCACAUUCCUUUGAAAAUCAAGAGUGAGCUUGAGCAAAUAGCCAACGUGGUUUAUGAAGCGAUGCACAAUCAGUAUGAUCUGGUGUGGCAAUUACGCAGUUACUAUGAAUCCCUCGAAGACCCCGACUUCCCUAACGAGGCGACUCGUCAGGACUUUUUCCCCCCCUUUUCUCGUGCGCUCAACUCCUCAGAUCGCUACGAGUUGAUCCUGAAACCGGCGUUCUAUCGCGAUAAGGACGAGGUCCCCGUCGCAUGGCACCUUCCCUCCAUCCUCCAGCCAGCCCGCGCGACUUCAUUAUUCUCCGCUGUCCAACAAUCGAUGGUCAAUGACGGGGCUCCUUUCACAGUCCGAGACGGCGAUAACUGGCGCUCAGGCUCGAUGUUCUAUCGUACCAGCGAGGCCGCCCCUUCUGGUAUUUGUACAUUCUUCCCUCUAGGUUUUCGCUCUGAGGGUCAGAAACCCGUAAUCUCCUCUUCGUUCACAGAACCCGACUACAAUGGAACCUCUCUCUAUGACGACCUCUCCGAAACACUCUCCAUUGUUGGCGCCAUCGUAUCCCUCGUAGAUCCUUCCCUCUUUGCCCAAGGCCUCGAGUUCUAUGAACUCCUUCACAAGCAAGAUGUAGACCCUGACGACUCCUGGCUCUUCCGCGAGGUCCUGGGCAAGUGGAGCACGGUUUUCACUUCCUUCUCACUGUACAGCAAUCAUAGCCCUCCCACACAUCGCGAGAUGUUCAGUUUCCCAUUCGCGUUCGAAACCUUCGUAUCCACUGGCUUCUCUGAGCAGAACAGGUUUGUCCUCGAUGCGGUGGGACACGAGUUCUUCUUUCGACCGGGCGAUGUUGUAGUUACCUUUUCCCAUCUCUUUCCUCAUCGAUGGUCAUCUGGUGAAGGACGAACGGGGCAUGUUGUGGGAGUAGUGACAUUGUAA